CAGACAAACAGAGAGACAUUCCUCUGGCACCUUACAGGAUAUCCUGGGGAAGUAUUUUACGGAUCUUUGUCACCUCAGUGCUUGAAUUGGACCAGAACCAGAAUGGCGCUCAUGAAGUCUGGCUGGCUGUGGAGAAAAACCUCCAUGCUGAAGCGCUGGAAGCUGAACUGGUGUGACCUGUGGAUCGAUGGCAGUCUUGUCUUCUACAAGUCAGACAGCCGGAGAGACUACGAGACUCGGGUGGGUCUGAAGAACUCCUGCGUCGCCGUCAAGUCCGGCUUGGAGUGUGCCGGUGUGCUCCCACCAGACAGCCACCCGAGAGAAAACCUGCUGGUGUUGACCAUGAAGGACGGCUCGGACAUCAUCCUGUGUGCCAACAGCGAAGACGAGGCGCUGGCAUGGAAUCUUACUAUCAUGGAUGCCAAGAGUAACGCGGUGUUCGCUUAUAAUCCCCACGAUGAGACUUAUCAGCGGGUUAGAGUGGACGGCCACAACAAUGUCUACGUAGCCCCUGGUACUGGAGGGGCCCAGCAUGUGUAUAUCCACCAUGAGCCGUACGACGAUGGCAUAAGCGAGUCGGUGGCACUGGGGUUGCUGGCGGGCAUGGCCGCGGGCGCUGCCAUGCGGUCGUUCCUGUGGAUGCCCUUCUGGUUAUGCUAGGAGAGGACCACCAAAGGCUCUCUGGACCACCAGAACACUAUACCUGCACUAGUGGUGCACCUGAUCGAUUGGGUCAAAAUGAUAGGCAGCUCAGCUGUUCCUUAAGCAGCUGUUAUUGCGCACGCCUUGACUGUAUUCUUAUUUCUGACUAGCCAGGGAAGCACGUCACCUGUCAUACAUUUGCACAAACCUUUGGAUGCUUGCAUUACUGUACAGAUUGAAAACAUACACUAUAUUUUACGGUUAUAAAACAUUUAUUAAAUUCGAAAUUACCCACUUGCACAAACAUGGAGAUGAAGCGUACUUCAUCAUGCACAGAUAGUGUCUGCUUCUCGAAAUAAUUAUUUUUAGGACACCACCUGUACAUAAUGUAUAGAAAAACAGCAGGCACAAAUAAGCAUGGGGUUGGCAUAUAAGAAAGUAUGUGCAAAAAUACCAACCUGAAAAUGUGCUUCAUUGCUAGUCUUGGAACACUGUUUUUUUUUUUUUGGACUUUAUAUUUUUUUAUAAUGAAAUGUUUAUAUUUGCAUUAUGUUAAUGUGAACAAAGCAUUUGUUAGAAAUUGCCUGAGGUUUUUGGUUCUCCAUUAAAAGACCAAAUGACUGCAGACUAGACAUUCCUCUGAAGCUUCUUUAGACUACAUGUAGUCAUCAGACCAAUACAAGACUUAUCAGCUAAUUUGGACAUGUAAACAUGCAUUUUCAGCCAUGUAAUAAAGUUGUUUGAUGUCA